GGGGCCAGGACUCCAGCCAGCCAGCCAAGGCAGGGAGGCAGGGGCCAGGACUCCAGCAAGCCAGCCAAGGCAGGCAGGCAGGGGUCACGACUCCAGCCUGGAAGCCACAGCAGGCAGGCAGGGGCCAGGACUCCAGCCAGCCUGCCAGCCAAGGCAGGCAGGCAUGGGCCAGGACUCCAGCCAGCCAGCCAAGGCAGGAAGGCAGGGGGCAGGACUCCAGCCAGCCAGCCAAGGCAGGCAGGCAGGGGCCAGGACUCCAGCCAGCCAGCCAAGGCAGGAAGGCAAGGGCCAGGACUCCAGCCAGCCAGCCAAGGCAGGCAGGAAGGGGCCAGGACUCCAGCCAGCCAGCCAAGGCAGGAAGGCAAGGGCCAGGACUCCAGCCAGCCAGCCAAGGCAGGCAGGCAGGGGGCAGGACUCCAGCCAGCCAGCCAAGGCAGGCAGGCAGGGGCCAGGACUCCAGCCAGCCAGCCAAGGCAGGAAGGCAAGGGCCAGGACUCCAGCCAGCCAGCCAAGGCAGGCAGGUAGGGGCCAGGUCUCCAGCCAGCCAGCCAAGGCAGGCAGGCAGGGGCCAGGACUCCAGCCAGCCAGCCAAGGCAGGGAGGCAGGGGCCAGGACUCCAGCAAGCCAGCCAAGGCAGGCAGGCAGGGGUCACGACUCCAGCCUGGAAGCCACAGCAGGCAGGCAGGGGCCAGGACUCCAGCCAGCCUGCCAGCCAAGGCAGGCAGGCAUGGGCCAGGACUCCAGCCAGCCAGCCAAGGCAGGAAGGCAGGGGGCAGGACUCCAGCCAGCCAGCCAAGGCAGGCAGGCAGGGGCCAGGACUCCAGCCAGCCAGCCAAGGCAGGAAGGCAAGGGCCAGGACUCCAGCCAGCCAGCCAAGGCAGGCAGGAAGGGGCCAGGACUCCAGCCAGCCAGCCAAGGCAGGCAGGCAGGGGCCAGGACUCCAGCCAGCCAGCCAAGGCAGGAAGGCAAGGGCCAGGACUCCAGCCAGCCAGCCAAGGCAGGAAGGCAAGGGCCAGGACUCCAGCCAGCCAGCCAAGGCAGGAAGGCAAGGGCCAGGACUCCAGCCAGCCAGCCAAGGCAGGCAGGUAGGGGCCAGGUCUCCAGCCAGCCAGCCAAGGCAGGCAGGCAGGGCCCACGACUCCAGCCAGCCAGCCAAGGCUGCAGGCAUGGGCCAGGACUCCAGCCAGCCAGCCAAG